CGGGAGCUGUGGAGAAACGGUGGCGUUUGAGGCGAUGGCCACGUUUGGAGGGGAGCCUGAGGCCGCGACAGAGCCACUGGAUGUAGCCUGCGGCCUGGAGAACUUGCCCGUGAGUGUGUGGCCCCCGGGGGCGAGGCCGCCGCCCUUCCAGUACAGUCCCGACCAUGUUACUGGGCCUGGAGCAGACAUGGACCCCAGUCAAAUAACCUUUCCUGGGUGUGUCUGCGUCCAGACUCCCUGCGUCCCCGGCACCUGCUCCUGCCUCCUCCAUGACAAGAACUAUGAUGACAGUUUGUGCCUCAGAGACAUAGGACUGGAAGCAAAGUAUGCCCGGCCUGUUUUCGAGUGCAACGCCCUGUGCCGGUGCAGCCCCCACUGCCCAAACAGAGUAGUCCAGAGAGGGCUACAGGCCCACCUGCAGGUGUUCCUGACGGACAGGAAAGGCUGGGGACUUCGGACCUUGGAACUGAUCCCAAAGGGAAGAUUCGUCUGUGAGUACGCUGGGGAGGUUCUAGGCCUUUCUGAAGCGCAGAGGAGAAUUCACUCCCAGACAAUCCACGACUCAAAUUACAUUAUCGCCGUCAGGGAGCACGUCUGCAAGGGGCAGGUAAUGGAAACGUUUGUUGACCCUACCCACAUAGGCAACCUCGGGAGAUUCCUCAAUCAUGCCUGUGAGCCAAACCUGCUGAUGGUCCCCAUCCGAGUGGACUCAAUGGUGCCCAGGUUGGCACUUUUUGCAGCCAGAGACAUUGUGCCAGGAGAAGAGCUCUCCUAUGACUACUCAGGAAGAUUUCUUAACCUGGCAGACACUGAGGACCCGGAAGGGCUAGACCAUGGGAAACGACGAAAACCUUGUUACUGUGGUGCCAGAGCGUGCACCGCUUUUCUGCCUUAUGACAGUUCUCUGUAUGGUCCCUUGGAAGAGGCAGACAUCAGUUAAGAAUGAAAUUCCACCACCUAUCAUCACCUCUGCCCCGGCCCCGCCUCUCAGCA